CUUCCCCCCUGACCGCUUGGGCUGCUGCCUGAAAACAGAAUCAACAGUCUGAUCUCCCAUCCAUCCGCGAUUCACACACGUUUUUCUUACACUCUGUAACUCUAUAUGUGUAUUACCUCCAUUUUCGUCUACACCAAUCUGUAUUUUGCACCAUAGCCAUGUUUAGCAAGCACUUAUUCUUCUUCUUCUUCCUUAUUCUUUGCUGCGCGGUUCAUGGCCGCUUUCUCACCACCCGUCUACUGUCCUCCGAUCUGCUCUCCGAAGGUCUCCAUGCCUCACCCAAUCACUCUGUCCCCCUGCUCAUAGAGCCUGUUACUUCUUCUUCUUCUUGGGUAUUAUCGGCUCCGCAGGAGGAAUCCUGUGAGGAGACGUAUGGUUUCCUGCCCUGUACCACAACAGCGAUUGGUAACCUCUUCCUCAUCGCCGUUUAUGGCUACCUCAUGUUCUUGGCUGCCACAUAUUUAUCUGCUGGAAGUGAGCUCUUGCUCGAGAUCCUGGGUCCUGGAAUCGUCGGCGGUUUGUUCCUCCCCAUGCUCGGAGCCCUUCCGGAUGCAAUGCUCAUUCUUGUAUCUGGACUUUCAGGAACUAAAGAAACUGCUCAAAGUCAGGUGUCUGUUGGAAUGGGCUUGUUGGCUGGUUCGACUGUCAUGCUUCUUACUAUAAUAUGGGGAUCUUGUAUCAUCGUUGGCAGGUGUGACCUUCAAGAUUCAAUUGCAAUCGACAAACAACUGACAAAAGGAUUUAGCUUAACUGGUACAGGUGUCAGUACCGAUAUUUGGACUUGUUAUGCCGCAAGGAUAAUGGUUAUAUCUGUUAUCCCAUUUAUCAUCGUUCAAAUACCACAGUUUCUGAAUUCAACUUCAGGAAGGCACUUAAGUGUCCUGAUUGCGCUCAUAAUAUCUCUCCUAAUGUUGUUUUCUUAUUGUCUUUAUCAGGUUUUUCAACCUAAGAUCCAGAGCAGACGGCUUGCUUAUGUGAGGCACAAGCAUGUCAUGUCAGGACUGUUAAAACACUUGAGACAUCAUGCUUUAGGAAAGCUUCUGGAUGAUGAUGGUGAACCAGAUAGAGACAUUAUUCAAAAGCUGUUUGCUACAAUUGAUGAAAAUCAAGAUGAACGUCUUUCAAGGACUGAACUGAAAGCAUUCAUCUUGGGAAUUCGAUUUCUAGAGUUAGACUUGGAUAAGGAUGAUGCUGUGCAUAAGUUAAUGCAAGACUUUGAUACCUCUAAUGAUGAUCAUGUUGAUAUAGAAGAAUUCAUUAAUGGUAUCAAAAAAUGGCUUAACGAGGCAAGGAGGACUCAGGAUGGUCCAUCUGCUGCUGAUUCCGAAACACUUCAGUUUAUAGAUGACUUUCACCAACAAACAAGGAGGGAGCAUCAUUUCUUAGGCAUCAAUGCGCAAAAUGAUGAGGCUGGUCAGGACGGUGUUGAAAACUCAAAAUGGGUCUCCAUCAAAGCAGUUCUUUUUUUGUUGGUGGGGACUGUUAUUGCCGCUGUAUUUGCUGAUCCUCUGGUUGAUGCUGUUGACAACUUUUCAAUUGCAACAAGUAUUCCUUCCUUUUUCAUCUCAUUUAUUGCAUUGCCUUUGGCUACCAACUCAAGUGAAGCCGUGUCAGCAAUUAUCUUCGCUACUCAUAAAAAGCUCAGGACAGCCUCAUUGACGUUUUCUGAGCUAUAUGGGGCAGUAACAAUGAACAAUGUGCUCUGUCUAUCAGUCUUCUUAGCCCUUGUUUAUGCUAGGGGGUUGAUAUGGGAUUUCUCAUCCGAAGUGCUGGUUAUCUUUAUUGUUUGCAUCUUGAUGGGUGUCUUUGCCAGUUAUCGCACAACCUUCCCGCUUUGGACUUGCGUGGUGGCUUUCAUUCUUUAUCCAUUCUCCUUGGCACUGGUUUAUGUUCUUGAUUACUACUGUGGCUGGUCAUAGAUCAUUUUAGACUCUCUAUCAGUUGGGACUUCGAGUUUACUUUUUGGCGAUGUUCUUAUGUUGUUUUUAGCAACCGUUGGGCGGUGGCUGUAUCUAUAUAUCUAUAGAAUUACUUGGCCAAGUUUAUUAUAUGUAAUAAAUUGAUGAGUUAAUAUUAUGGUAGAGACAGGCUUGAAAAUCCAGGGAGGUAGAAGGGGGAUAACAUGGCCAACCCAUCAGAUCAUUGAAUUUCUUUUUCCCUCA